CCUGCUUGCACACACAUGCACUCCCUCUCUCCCUCUCAAAUAAAGAAAUAAAUCCUUAAACAAACCUAGCUUCACUAGAGGAGCUGCAAAGACCUUCCUCCCUCUCUCUGUACUUGCUGAGCACAGGGAGGACAGUGACAGAGAGCCUUACUGGUGAUUUGCAGGAAUGACAUGACCUGGACAUCAACACCGAAGUUUCCAGGCGGCUUCAUUCUGGAUCUGCACACAGGCCCUGACCCGUGGGCACAUUGUUCUGAGGCCCAUUUGAUUUUCCUGGGCUUGCACACUCAGUGAUGUCCAUAGGACCGAGCACAGUGGGGCUGGUUGUCAGAGGCUUGGUCGGGCUGGGGGAGAGCACGCAGAGAUCACUUGCUGAACUCCCCCUUUGUGCACAUGGGGGAGAUGGAGGCCCAGAAGCCUGCAUGACCUGCCCACCGUCACGGCAGCCAAAGCUGGGCUGUACCGAGGGACACUCUCUGGACUCAAGGACGCGAGUGGCUGGGUGGGUUCCUCAGGGAUGGCGAGGUGGGUAUAAGGGGCGCUGGGCUCACCAGGUACUGCUCUACAAGGCAGGGAACGUGACUGGGGUUCUGGUCCCAGUUCCACCGUACCCUACUAUGUGACCUUAGCCACUGUGGUCCCCAGUUUCUUGAUGGGUAGAAAGAGGAGGCCGGGUCAUUUGGUGAUUGGCAUUCCCUCCCUGGUGUGCCUUUGUGGGUCUACAUGUCAUCAGACGCUUAACGCCGCUCAUGGCCAAGGAAAAUGACUGUUAAGUAGCUUGUGAAUGGCAGGCUGUUCGCCAGUCUUCACAUGUUUCAUGUUCUCCGUUUUGAGAUGGGAUGUCUGUGAGUGCAACCCCGUAAGGCGUCCGUGGAUCCUUCAGAUGGUGUUAGUCCUCUGGAUUUGCUACUGGGGCCGCUGGGAUUUGCAGGGGGAGGUGGCGUUGUUAUAGAGGGGGCCGUGUUUUCUGCCUGGGUUCUCUUCCAGCCAGGGGUGUUUGUGGGAACAUUGGAAUCACAAAGUGGCCCAUGGCGGAGAAUGCAGCCAGAACAAAGGCGCCCUCUCCCCGCCGGGGCCCGGGGAAUACUAACGAGUUGACAGGAAUUUUAAUAUAAAACUCUCCCUCUUCCUUGUCAUUCUGAGGUUUCAGGAAGCCUUCGGGCUUAUCGUGCAGAGGCACACAGCACAGACAGGGCUUGGGGAGGUGAGAGGUGAUUUCCUGCCAUUCUUCUGCGGGGCGGGCUUCCCAGGGCGGUCAUGCCAGGCUGACGGGGCGCAGUGCGGGCUCCCACUGCUGGGGGGAGAGCUGGAAUUUCAUGGGGCGGCAGCCGAGACAGGACCCGCAGCCAUGAACCGCUUCAAUGGGCUCUGCAAGGUGUGCUCGGAGCGCCGCUACCGCCAGAUCACCAUCCCGAGGGGGAAGGACGGCUUUGGCUUCACCAUCUGCUGUGACUCUCCGGUUCGAGUCCAGGCUGUGGAUUCUGGAGGUCCGGCGGAGCGGGCAGGGCUGCAGCAGCUGGAUACAGUGCUGCAGCUGAACGAGAGGCCUGUGGAGCACUGGAAAUGCGUGGAGCUGGCCCAUGAGAUCCGGAGCUGCCCCAGUGAGAUCAUCCUGCUUGUGUGGCGUAUGGUCCCCCAGGUCAAGCCGGGGCCAGACGGCGGGGUCCUGCGGCGGGCCUCCUGCAAGUCGACGCACGACCUCCAGUCACCCCCCAAUAAGCGGGAGAAGAACUGUACCCACGGGGCCCAGGCACGGCCUGAGCAGCGCCACAGCUGCCACCUGGUGUGUGACAGCUCCGACGGGCUACUCCUCGGGGGCUGGGAACGCUACACAGAGGUGGCCAAGCGCGGGGGCCAGCACACCCUGCCUGCGCUGUCCCGCCCCACCGCCUCCACUGACCCCAACUACAUCAUCCUGGCCCCACUGAACCCUGGGAGCCAGCUGCUGCGGCCUGUGUACCAGGAGGAUGCCAUCCCCGAAGAAUCAGGUAGUCCCAGUAAAGGGAAGUCCUACACAGGCCUGGGGAAGAAGUCCCGGCUGAUGAAGACAGUGCAGACCAUGAAAGGCCACGGCAACUACCAGAACUGCCCGGUCAUGAGGCCGCACACCCCACACUCAAGCUAUGGCACCUACGUCACCCUGGCCCCCAAGGUCCUGGUGUUCCCGGUCUUUGUUCAGCCUUUAGAUCUCUGUAACCCUGCCCGGACUCUCCUGUUGUCUGAGGAGCUUCUGCUGUACGAGGGGAGGAACAAGGCUGUCGAGGUGACGCUCUUUGCCUACUCGGACCUGCUGCUCUUCACCAAGGAAGAUGAGCCGGGCCGCUGUAAUGUCCUGAGGAACCCCCUCUACCUCCAGAGUGUGAAGCUACAGGAAGGUUCUUCAGAAGACCUGAAAUUCUGUGUGCUGUAUCUGGCAGAGAAGGCAGAGUGCUUAUUCACUUUGGAAGCACACUCACAGGAGCAGAAGAAGAGAGUGUGCUGGUGCCUGUCGGAGAACAUCGCUAAACAGCAACAGCUGGCGGCUUCACCCCCGGAGAGCAAGAAACUCCACCCUUAUGGCUCUCUCCAGCAGGAGAUGGGGCCGGCCAACUCAACCAAUGCUACCCAGGAUAGAAGCUUUACCUCAUCAGGACAGACUCUGAUUGGCUGAGCCAACCCAAGGGCGGGACUCUGCUUCUGGCAACUUAACCCUUUCUUGGGCAUCCCCUACCACACAGUAACCUCACCUCAACUGGACCCAAAACGGAGGACCAAGAUGGUGGGCCUAGGGUCAUCCGAAGGGAGUGGCCCCACGGUUGUGUGUGGACUGGCAUCAGAAGGACCACAGUGGUAUGAAGGCCUUGUGGGCAUGUGCCGACUGGCACUGAAAAGUCUCAAAUGGAGAAGACUCAAACUUUUUCCCUACAAGGAAGAAGGAGAAGAAAUAGCAUCUGGGCUUCCCGUGGUUCCAGUGCCCACCUGGGGGGCACAGGAGAGGUUGGCAGAGGUCAGCCCUGAUGGAGACCAGUGUCGUCAGCCUCCGCUGCCAGAAGACGUCUCCACGAAAUCACUUCUUCAUCUGUUCUCGUUCAUUCAUUCCUUCGUUCAGCAGAUAUCUGGGGGGCAUCCACUUUAUGCCAGGCUCUAGGCUAGAAGCUGGGCAUUCUGGGAGGUUGAGGUGGAUACGGUCUCUGCUCUUAUCCAGAUAUCAGUCUAAGUAGGGGAGUGACCCUUAAAUAGAUCAACACCAACACACACGCGCACAACACGAUUACACACUGAUCAUCCAUGAAGAAAAAGAUUCCUUUAAGAGAGAAUAUGUUAUUAGAUUUCGGGGGGUGGGGAUGGGCAGGGACUAUCAUAAUCUCUACAUUGAAACCUGCAGGCCAGAAAGGAGUUAGCCAGUCAAGGACUUUGGAAGGCGUGUUCCAGGCAAAUAGAAUAGCCUGCAGAGAGUGCCUGAGAUGAGAAGGAGCUUGGCAUACUGGGGCCAGCAAAGGCUGGUGUGGCUGGAGCUGAGUGGGGAGACCAGGUGGGUGGGUGGGGGCCAGAUCAUGCAGGGCCCUGGUGGUUCAUGUUGUGCUGAUGUCAUUCUAGAUACAGUGGGAAGCCGUUGAAGGCUUUUGAGAAAGGGAGUCAGUCAGUCUCAGGUACAUUUCUAGAAGAGCAGAGAGCCCAAGGAGGCACCCAAGUGGGUGUGAAGAUAUCAGUUAAGGGGUCCCUUCAGUCUCCAAGUGAGGGGCAGUGGUGGCCUGUCCUGGAUAGUGGUUGGGAAGGUAGUUAUGUGACCUUCCAGACCCAGGGAUGUGGUGGAAGCUCUGGGAUGAGAAGAGAGAAUUCCCUGCCCCCCAUCCCCCCUUGUUCUCCUCCACUGUGUCUUGUUUCUCAGUGAUGCAAAUGAACACUGGAGCCUUCUUCCCAGAGCCUCCUCCUGGCUGGGCCUGGGUGGGCACCAGUGCUGAGUUCUAGGAAUGGCCCUGGAAGUCGGGAGCAGUGGGGGCUUCACCUGGCCCAGGUGGGAAAGUUUCCAGCCCCCAGGCCUCAGCAGGUUGCCUGUGCUGUCCCUCUGUCCUGUGUUGAAUGGCCCAACAGGAAGUUGGGACACAGCCCUCUGGAAGCAGAUUUGGUUUGCUUUCUACAGAGCUCCCAAGGUUCAGGGACUGGGGUCAGGCGUGGCUCAGCUAAAGGAAGACCUACUGGGGAACAGUGAUUAGAGCCCAGUCUGCUCACAGCCUGGAGCCCAGGGUUGGACAGCUCUCUGACCUUUCUCUAACUGCCAAGACCGAGAGGGAGGGAAGUCAGAGGUCACAGGUCCUAGGAAUAUAGCUUGAACACAAAAGGUAUAUAUAUAUAUAUAUAUAUAUAUAUAUAUAUAUAUAUACAUACAUAUAUAUAUAUAUAUAUAUAUAUAUGUAGGACCAUGGUCACUUGCAUAGGAAAAAAAGGGUCAAAGAGGCUGGAGAGAUGUCUCAGACCGGAGAAGCCCCUGGACCUUGGAUGGUCUCUGUGUCGUGUCCUGUAAGACCUUCUCAGUGUCUUUAGAGAGGGCUCUUAUGCCUGGUGAGGUUGCUCAGCCGCUGUGGCCACUUGAACUCCAAGAAGGGUGGCCCAGAAGAGAAUACGUCCCUGACCUCCCAUGUAGGCAAGAUCAGACAUCCCCUGGACGGGGAUGGGAUGUAUCUGCCAGUGACUGGCCUGAUCCCGCAGCCCAGCCGGGGACCAGGCUCGGCCCGCAGCCACUGCUGUGCGGUAUCUGUAGGCCAGGACUCAGCCCGCAGGGUUAAUGCUGAGAGGCGGAGCAACUGCAUCCGCACAGACAGCAAGCUGCCCUUGGACUUCAUUUGAUUCCCUUACAAAAUGACAUUAAGGGGAAUGCGAGGCCCAGGAGAAUUGCCUGUCUGGGAAGACAGUGAGCUUGACUCUCUGGGACCUGGUGACCUACCUCCGUCCACCAGACUGGUGAGGAGGACAGGAGCUCUGGCCACAGAGAAAUGGAGAAUCAGAGCUCAACACUGAGCCCCGGGGCCAGGGCUUUCCUCCCAGCUUGUCCCUGACAAGCUGACAACUCGAGUGGGGCUCCCGUUGGGGUCCAAGGCCCAGCCGGCUGCCGGGAGAGUGGACAUCAGCUCCCGGAGGCCUGGGGUCCGUCUUGCUGGGGACUGUGGUGAGCCACAGCGCCAUUGCUACUCUGCCUCUCAAAUCGAUGGAACAAUUCAUUUGGCUCCAAGGGCUUGAGAAGAUGAAAUACAACCGGGUGGCUGCUGCUCUUCCUCGUCCCAGUCUGUCCCAGCCGUCCCGGAUGAUGGACGCGCAAUGGAAACUGCAUCUGAGAGUCAUAAUCACGGGAAACAUGGCUGGGCCCGGCCCUCCACAUAAAUCAUGCUAAGAAGCCUACACAAUGGUCUCUUUCCUGAUGGUCCAAUUGUCUUGCUUUGGUGUCUGGGGCCUGGGAGCCGGGAGGAUGGGAGCACACCAUUUAUUGUUGUAAAGGCCAUCUGUGCGAUUUGAAUACAAAGUGAUCCUUUAAGUUCCCCUCACACCCUCAGAUCCUGUGUUUUCUUAGUUCUCGGGCGCUGGGUCUUUUGAAACUCUGUGUCUCUCCUGUAAGUCGCCAUGCUCGGUCUCUGCUGGCCUGGCCUUUUGACCCUUUGGGAGCUGGGACCUGUUGGAAAUAAUGAUGACAUUUCUUUAUGUAUGUCUUGUUUGUUUGUUUUUCUAAUCCUUUAUUUAAAAUUUUUUCAUCA